AAGACAAGGUUAUUUUCCCGUGGACAACAUGGAGCUAAGUGAUUAUCAACAUCUUGGUGAGAUUCAUUCUGAUGAACUAUUAGGGAAGAGAGAAAAAGUGGAAAGAUUGAAACCAGAAUAUGGUGAUCGAACUGUCCAAGGAAAAUGGACACCUCUGGCCAUCUACGUUCUCCUAGGUUUCUCCAUCCUACUGUCUGUGGUGAUUCUAGGUACCGCCAUUAUACUGCUUUCACAGAUGCUCAGUGAAAUGAAGAUGUCGGAUGCUGAUUUCAAGAUUGAAUUGUCCCAUUUAAAGAGUAAUGUGACAGGAUUAUCUGAGAAGACAAGCAGAUCACUUGAUGAACUGAGGAAUGACAUUUCACAGCUGACAGAGAAGUUGGGAACUGCUGGCCUGAUACGUAGCUUCCUGGAUGACUUCAAGGACACAUUCCCCCGGGAAGGCAAGGGUUUCAGAUGUCUUCAGCAAUGGUCUCCAUUCAAAGAAAGUCUUUACUUUUUUUCAUCUCACAAAGCAACCUGGAAACAAGCCCAAAAAAUGUGUAAAUUGAUGAAUGCUGAUCUUGUUGUCGUAAACAGUGCUGAGGAACAGAUGUACUUAGAUUUCAACACAGAAUAUGAUCAUUGGAUCGGACUCCAUGACACUGUUGAAGAAGGGGAAUGGCUCUGGGUGGAUGGGACCGAUUAUAAUUCAACAAUGAAGUUUUGGGGGAUCAACCAGCCCAAUACUAAAGAACUUUAUGGAGAAGAAGAAGACUGUGUUGUGACUUCUAGAAAUGCAGAAUGGCAUGACUGGCCCUGCAAAUCACUUCACUACUCCAUCUGUGAAAAAUCAGCAUAAUGUUAUUUUCCUUGAUGCUCCACUCAAUGAAAGUGGAUCUGAUUAA